UGCAGCUCCAGCUGGGCAGGGAGAGCCACAGAGCUCUUCAUCUGCUCCAGCAUGGAGCAACCCCCUUGUUGUCCCCCACACUGCUGGUGAAAGGGGACAGCAAGGGCUCCUGAGGUCAUUUUCAUCAGGGCAGAGAGGCAGCUUAAACUGUGCCCUUCCCCUGUGCUCUGGCAGAGCCACCAUGAGCCACCGCUGCAAGAAAUCCUCCGGUCUCUGGAAGGUACGGGAGCCCGGGCAGGAUCAGCACCAUGCCCUGUGAACACCCGGGAAUGGGGCUGCAAUAUCUGCGAGAGCCCCCUGACUCCCUCCAUUCCCCCCAGAUCGUGGUGUGGGAUGAGCCUUUCUUCCAGGGCAAGAAGCACGAGUUCACCACCGACUGCUACAGCACCCCAGAGCACGGCUUCAGCACCGUCCGCUCCUGCAAGAUCGAGAGCGGGGCGUGGGCAGGCUUCGAGCACUGCGGCUUCCAGGGGCAGCAGUUCGUGCUGGAGCGCGGCGAGUACCCGUGCUGGGAGGCGUGGAGCGGCAGCAACGCCUACCACGUGGAGAGGAUGUGCUCCUUCCGCCCCAUCGCCUGCGCCGACCACGGACGGAGCAGGUUGAUGCUCUUUGAGGAGGAGAACUUCCAGGGCAAGCGGGCAGAGAUGAGCGACGACUGCCCCUCGCUGCCCGCCUUGGGCUGGGGCAGCAGCACCGUGGGCUCCUUCCUUGUCCGUUCCGGAGCGUGGGUCUGCUCGCAGUAUCCGGGCUACCGGGGCUUCCAGUACCUCCUGGAGAGCGACAGCCCCGCGGGCGAGUACAAGCACGUGCGGGAAUGGGGGUCCCACGCUCAGACGGGCCAGGUCCAGUCCAUCCGCAGGGUCCAGCAGUGACCGCGGUGCCGGAGCCCCCCCGCCCCGGGCCCCGUCUGUCCCCUGAGCGGGGACAAAGCUCAAUAAAGGCUCAGUUGUCCACGG